AUGGGAAAUAAAUACUAUUCUCUUCACGCUUAUGAAGAUAAAGAUUCCCAUAAAGUAGUUUUUUUUUUUAAUAAGUCUUACAGAGCGUUGUUUUCAGUGGUGUCAGCCGGCUUCUCGCGGCGCAAAGGUUUAGUACUCCACUUUGCGCCGCGAGAAGCCGGGUGGAAAGAAACACGGCGAAAAGCCGUACGCAGCUUUACCGCCUUCCACCGUCAUAAACCGGAAGGCUGCGAGGGCAACCCCCAUAAUAAUACAAAAUGCUGGACGUUUGGGUUUCACGUCCGGACGCAUUUGCGCGGGCUGCGCGCGCAAGGUGGAGAACCCACCCACCGCGUUCUGGAAGGUUUGGCUGGCUGCCUUUGCCCCCGUUUUGCUGCCAAGCAAGCGAAAGAGCAAGUCAUAGGGGAAGGUUCUCGGACGAAAGGAUGCCCCCUGGAAAGGAAGGGCGCAACAAAGGGAGUUGUUUUAAAGAGAAUGGCGCUGUGGGGGCGAGCGCUUCAGUACGCCACUGGCGCCUGUAGGUUGCAUUUCGGCUUUCGCCACAGUGCCAGGAACGCGCACCUCGCGGCGCUUUCCUCCGAAUUAGGUGUGGUCUAG